GCAAACUCAUUCAAAAGUUGACAUUCAACACGUCAAAUUGUGUUUUCUGUGUUGACUUGCGGAUUUCGACGGUCGUUCUCGUAAAUUUCGUCUAUUUCACUUCCCAGUUGUAAAUUAAAAGAACCAAAAUGCAGACAGACUUAGCUCGUGAUAUUCCUCAAGCGGGAUUCAAUUUUGAAAAUUGCCUCCGCAACGAGCAGCUCAUGAGAAAUGGGUUUAAACCCCCUAAGAUGGUGAAGACCGGCACAACGAUCGCUGGAAUUAUUUACAAGGAUGGCGUCAUCCUGGGAGCUGAUACCCGAGCUACAGAAGGGCCGAUUGUGUCGGACAAGAACUGCUCGAAAAUUCAUUAUUUGGCAAAGAAUAUGUACUGCUGUGGUGCUGGAACUGCCGCGGACACAGAAAUGACGACCGACUUGAUUGCGUCCCAGUUGGAGCUGCAUCGUCUCAACACUGGUCGCCAAGUUCCCGUGAUUACGGCGAAUACUUUGCUAAAACAGAUGUUGUUCCGGUACCAGGGAUAUAUCAGUGCUGCUCUCGUUCUGGGUGGUGUUGAUAAGACAGGAUCCUACAUUUACUGCAUCUACCCUCACGGUUCAACCGACAAGCUCCCGUACGCAUCAAUGGGCUCUGGAAGUCUGGCCGCUAUGUCAGUGUUUGAAGCCCGUUGGCGCCCAGACAUGUCGGAGGAGGAGGGAAAGAAGCUUGUGCGGGAUGCCAUCGCCGGUGGUGUGUUCAACGAUCUUGGCUCAGGUUCAAACAUCGACUUGUGUGUGAUCCGCAAGGACUCCACAGAAUACUUGAGGAAUUAUGAACUAGCCAAUAAGAAGGGAGAACGCUCGCUCAACUAUGAAUUCAAACCGGGCACCACGGCCGUCCUCAAGUCGCAGAUUCACAAAUUCGAGAUUACUGAACGCGUUCUGCCAGUUGGAGUGACACCGAUGGAGACAGCUUAAUGAAAAUUUUGGUUUUUAUAAGGAAUGUAUUCAUAUUUCUAAUUGAUAAUCUAAUAAAAGAUUUUUUAAUGGGAAAA